AUGAAGUCCCGCGGCCUCUGGGCGGGCGUGCAGAUCGACGGGACAAUCAUCCUCGCGAGACAAGACUGCAACGGCGUGGCCUACGCGGACCGCCGCAUCUCGGCCAAGAAGAUUCUCCAGACGCAGGCCGAGUGGCCCGAGGGGUCGAUGCCGCUUUGGCAGACGCUGAUGGCGCUGGAGGGGCGGUACUCGAUGGAUCCUGCUAUUGCGAGGGAGGUGGCGAUGAUGGGGCCGCCGGGGGAUGCUACGCCGCCGCCGCCGAUGGAGGAUGAUGUGCCUGCACCGGCGUAUACGCCUUCUGUUGCAUCGCAGUUGAAUUUGAACACUUAUGGUGGUGGAGAGGAGGGGAUCACGAAUACCCCCAAGGAUGUUGACGAGGAGCCUGUUUUAGAUGAAAAGGAGAGGCUUAGGCGGGCGGGAUACUAA